CUGCCCGGCCACAGACACUUGCCUUUUGUAUGGAGGGAACCAGAGAAACAAUCCACUCUCUCUGUUUGGAAAAAAAUACUUGCAAGAAAAAAAAGUCUAGGAGCUUCCAGGUGCUUUGCCCCCAGUUAAAAGCCCUGUAAGGAGGUCCUCUUCUUGCCUGGAGUCAGGAGAGCCACUGCCUCGUGAAGUUGAGCACCCUGCCUCUCACAUUCUCCCUCUCCCUUUCUCUCUCUUUCUUUCUCUCUCCCUCCUACUUUCCACCCUGUGAGAGUGCACAGAGAAUCAGAAGGUGCGUCUGAAAUCUACUUGUAUCCAGGCUGGAGACAGCACCACAAGGACUUUUUCCCCCUUUACUGCAACAAGCACGUGGACUUAAUUUUCACCAGAGACAGAAAAAAGAAUAGAAAGCAGACUGGCACCUGCCAUUGAGAAGCAGAACUUUCUCUAGAGCUGUUCGUUCUUUCUGAGCAUUUGUAAACAAUAUUUGACUGCGACCAAGUGCCAAGACAUUCCCGAGACUUCCCUGUCUGCUGGGAUCCCGUCACAUCUUCUCAAGUUAUUUCUCCAGAGAAGACUGUCUGAAGAGGGAACGCAGAAAAAAAGCCACCUGACCUGCAGAAGUUACCUGCCUGAGUAAUUGAGGUGAAGCAGAAGGGUGAGAGCCUGAAUCCUUUUCUCUGCCAUCCAGACUGUGAGAUUACAGUGGAGGAUUUCCAUGUGUCUUGGAUACCAAGCAGACACAGUGAUACAGUGAUUUUUGAAAGCCAGUGACAAUGCUGACAGUGCUCUGUGUCCUGCUUACGCUGGGGAAUCAUGUCCUGGGGGGAGGUUACGCCCCCAUGCCUCAGAUGAAAUAUGCGCAGCCCAUGAUGAAGGGGCCUGUUGGGCCACCCUUCAGAGAAGGCAAGGGCCAGUAUCUUGAGUUUCCACCCAUUAUGGACAUUAAAGGGGAGCCAGGACCUCAAGGGAAGCCAGGACCAAGGGGACCAGCUGGGCCUCCUGGAUUACCAGGGAAACCAGGUAUAGGAAAACCUGGUCUCAAUGGUCAAACAGGUCCUUCAGGGCCUCCAGGAUUCCCUGGGAUUGGAAAACCAGGACUACCAGGGUUACCAGGAAAAAUAGGACCUAAAGGACCUCCUGGACUCAAUGGUGAGGUUGGGCUUCGUGGAGAGGUGGGUCCACGUGGACUUCCAGGUCAGCCAGGACCACCUGGACCAGCAGGUCUGUCGCUGAAUGGCAAACCAGGGUUACCUGGGACUAGAGGCCCGCCGGGGUCAAGAGGUGACCCGGGGCCUAAAGGUGGACGUGGUAUUCCUGGUGAACAAGGACCUAAAGGGGAAAAUGGCAAUGGAAAGACAGGUCCAACAGGUCCCAGGGGACCCACUGGCCUUCAGGGACCUCCAGGAGCUCCAGGAGUUCCUGGGUUGGGUAAACCAGGGAUUGAUGGGCUGCCUGGACAAGUAGGGCCAAAAGGAGAUAAAGGACUUCCAGGAGUUCAAGGUGUCCCAGGAGAAGCUGGUCCUCCUGGACUACAAGGUCAGCCAGGGGUAGCUGGUGUGGGAAAACCUGGUCUUGAUGGUGUUCCAGGUAACCCAGGCCCAAUAGGUCCAAAGGGUGAUGUUGGCCCUAGAGGAACUCCUGGGUUUCCUGGCCCACCUGGCUAUGGUAAACCAGGGCUUCUAGGACAGAAAGGAGAUAGAGGUCCUGGUGGAUUACAAGGAGGCCCUGGUGACAAAGGAGAACCUGGGAUGAAUGGUCUACCAGGAGAUACAGGGCCAACUGGACAGCCAGGGCUUCCAGGUCCACAAGGUCCUAUGGGUCUUCCAGGAAAACAUGGGAUGCCUGGUCUAAAGGGAGAAAAUGGCCCACAAGGACCUCCGGGCUUGCCAGGGUUUAGAGGAGAUCAGGGUCCCAGUGGGCUCUCAGGAAAGCCUGGCCUGCCAGGAGAUAAGGGCCUUCCUGGUCUCAACGGAGCCACAGGCAAACCUGGACCUAAAGGUGAACCGGGUCACAUUGGACUGCCAGGUAAUCCUGGUUUGAUUGGGGGACCAGGUCCAAAAGGUGAGAACGGGUUACCAGGACCCCCUGGGCCACGUGGCAAUUCAGGGAUCCCUGGACUCACAGGCCCCACUGGUCAUAUGGGACCUCAGGGUGUUCCAGGGUUGAAAGGCGAACAAGGUCCACCGGGCCCCCAAGGAAUUGGAAAGCCUGGAGACAAAGGUAUGUCUGGUCCACAAGGACCUCCAGGAAAACCUGGCCCUCCUGGACUUAAUGGUAUGCAGGGCCCUCCAGGUCCACCUGGACCUCCUGGGCCUCCCGGCCAGCCAAAUGGUGAUAUAAAUCAGUUAGCGGUUCAAGGACCAAAUAUUGUAGGAGAAUCCAUUCCAAAGCCAAGUGGUGAGAAACCUUAUUUUGGUCAGGCUGAGCUCUCUGCUUCCGUGGCUCCUGCUUUUACCGCCAUUUUGACGACACCAUUUCCACCAUCUGGAAUGCCAAUCAAAUUUGACAGAAUUCUGUAUAAUGGGCAAAAUGCUUACAACCCUGCCACAGGCAUCUUCACAAGCCCACUGCCUGGAGUCUACUAUUUUGCUUAUCAUGUACAUGUAAAGGGAACCAGCUUGUGGGUGGCACUGUAUAAAAACAAUGUGCCAGCCACAUACACCUAUGAUGAAUACAAGAAGGGCUAUAUGGACCAGGCAUCAGGUAGUGCGGUACUGGAGCUGAAAGAGAAUGACCAGGUUUGGCUGCAAAUGCCCUCUGACCAAGCAAACGGGCUCUACUCCACUGAGUACAUCCAUUCGUCCUUCUCAGGGUUUCUCCUGUGCCCCACAUAACAGUCCGUCACAGCGGAGAAUUGCUUGCUCAAGUGCCCUGUAAUAACAUCUGUGAUAACAGCGACUAGAUUACAAGAAAGACUUGUUGAACGACAGAGGCUGAGUUCGAAGCAGAGGAUGGAGAAUUCAUGCUGUGUCUGUGUUCCAAUUUGAUCAUUGUUUUACUUUCAAGUGUUGUCAUUUUCUGCCUAUAUGAUAAUUUUAUUAUAACUGUUAUGUUAUUUUUGUUGAUAUUGAUGUAUUGGUGUUAUUUUAUUGAUGUUGUUGUAGUUGUUGUUUAUCGCAAUCAGACUUUUAAGUAUCUUGCAAUGUGUAGGUAACCGUUUAAAGACUUACCCAUGUGACUGCACACGUUGCCAAAUGUUCUGACUCCCAUUGAGGUCCAUCACAUUGACUCUGGGGUUGUGUUCCCCUGGUUGCAGUCGAAUUCACCUAUAUCUUUCCCUCAUAUAACACAGGCUACUUGAUUUGUGCCACAUUUCACAUUUUAGAAUGUAGACAUUCUAUACAGCAUUGUUAUUGUAUUUGUAUGUUUAAAUACAUCCGUAAUUUAAAGAAUAAUCUUCAGUUCCAUAUUGUUUUUUCUUAUUAAUGCCAGACAGGUGAAUAUCUAUCUGCUUUAGUCAUUAGGUAUGUAUGUUUUGUUUGAAUUACUGUGUUAAAGCAAAAAUUAUGUGCUAAUCUGUUUGUUUCUGCAACAACUACAUUGUGUCUGAGAGUUAUAAAGAAAAAAAUUACUUGAUGAUUUACUGAGUUCUUUGCUCAAAAUAUGCCAGGUUUAAAUUAGUAGUGAUCCUGAAGGCCGCAGUACAACAGUGCCUGCAUUAACAAAACAAAUAUGCAAUUUCUGUGACACUAAUUCCAUACACUUUCAGAAAAAAAAGUUACAAAAGCUGUCACUAGGGUGGUAACCUUUCAAAGGGUACACCUGUGUGCCUUAUUUCUUCCAUAUCACAUACAUAUUAGUAUCUGAACUGUACAUAUUAGUACCUUUCAAAAAGUGACACCUUUGUACCUUUAUUUCUGAGAGUGUACUAAUACAUAGCGUAUAGCUUCUCAUCAAAAUCUUAGGAUAGCCUAGAGUACAUUGGUGAGUAAGGGACUACUAGUAGAUUGAGAAUAUGAUCAUUCUGAUUUUUUUUAUAUAACAAAUUUUAUAAUCCAAACUACUGCAUUGUGUACUCUAACCAUUUUACAUUCUCUGACGCUUUUCUAAUCGCUGCUUUAACAAUGAGACUUGUAAUUACACAGACAUGAUUGACAUUAACAUGAGUCAAUGCAUGUCCUAAUCUUUUACAUUUUGACAAAACGUUACAUGAUUCGGAUAAAACACACUGUAAUAGCACUGCUGCAAUGGUGUUCAUGAAAGGUUAAAAUGUAAACAUCCUCAAACAAAGAAAUAGUUCCUUGCACAUUUACUGAAGUGAAUGAAAAAUAGCAAAUGUGGCUUGAAGUCCCUCUUGAAAGACAUUUUCUCACUUAUUUUUGUUUGACCCACAUGUAGAAUUAUGAAACCUGGUGGUUGUCAGUACUUAAAUGCACCCACUCACUGAGGUUGCCCAUUCAAUACAAAGUUACAUGACAUUUGUUCCAUGACAUUGUUCAGAUUAUUUACUCUUGAAUGAUGUUUUGGCACCAGAACUUUCCUCAGCAUGUAUUUGACCUUUUUAUCGUAUAUUUACACUGUGACCAAUAUUUUCUAUGAUGAGUGUAUAUUGUUUAUGUGCAAUGGAUUGAAGAUUUGAAAAUUCGUUGUACUGCAAUUUCGCAAAACUGUUAAGACUAUGUUGCUUUCUUUUGUCAAUUUAAAACAAACUAGGAUAAAAAAAGCCUUGAUUCUGUUUCAUGAUAUUUACGGAUAUUUAUUAAUGUUCAAUCAGAUUAAAAGAAACAACCAAUCCCAUUUGCACAUAAAUUUAAUGAAGGCAUAUUUAUACAUUUGUGAUGGUCCAGUAAGGAAUGUCCAACUUCCGAAAUCCUGAACUUACAAAUAACCUUAUAUUUAAUAGCAUCGAGGAGUUUGUAGUACACACUACUAUUGUUUUUCUUCCUUUCUUUGAUGUAUCUAUCAAUCUAUAGAACUUUUGUCUACUGCAUUCACUUUAUGCAAUCCGUUUUGGGUAUUAAAUGCAAUGCACUCUUUGAUUGAACAAAUUUUGUCAGCUCAUACAAAAUCUACACGAACUUGACAGUACUGAUGCAACAUCAAUAAAGACUUUCUUGACCAAGGG